ACUUCUUGCCCCUAUGCUUCGUUGCUUGCCUAUUUUUUUUUGCUUUGAAUUUUGAUCCUCCAUAUCUUUCCAAUUCCUCGGAUAUUUCCAGCUCAAAAUUUUGCUCAAUGUUCACAAGGUCCCAGCCUCCGUCCCUAAAGAUUUGAACGUUACCAUUUCUUUCAUGAACCCAUCUCAUCUCUCUGUACAACCUCAGCUACAACGACAUAGGAUAACUUCUUUCCAGGAUGGCCACCAUGGCAAAGUUGCACGUGUCACCUUAUACCAAAUGGACGGUCCAUUCGCCGCUGGUCCGGCAAGGUUUCCCUCCUAGUAUUUUGACGUGGGAUUCCGUUAGUGUAAAGGGUCGUUGUAGAAUUCGGUUUAGACCAUGCAGGUCUUUCAGGUCCGAGGACGAACCGAACGAAAGAGUGAGCAAAGGUGAAAUUUUGAAGGGAAAAAAUGGGUUGCAGUCCAAGACCAGUGCCGAUGAAGUAUUGCGGGCUAUUCGGUCUUUUGUUUGGAAAUUUUCGAAGCCCAGCUCACGAUCGCAAGCUUUGGAGCAGUUGGAGGAGAAGUUAUCGGGGGUGGCUAUUCAAAUUGCAAGAUACAUCGUGACAAUGAUGAGCACUGGUGCUAUAUUAUUGAUCGGUUUUCGGUUGUCAGGUGGUGAUGGCCAGAUGAACGAGUUGAUAUGGUAUAGUUGGCUUGGAGGGAUCAUUAUCGGGACUAUGAUUGGUUCCAAUAUGGUGCUGGACGAAGUGAGCAGAGCCGGGCCUCGCAAUGUUGUCAUAACUGGCAGUACAAGGGGAUUGGGGAAAGCUCUUGCUCGUGAAUUUUUACUCUCCGGGGACCGAGUAGUUGUUGCUUCACGCAGUCCUGAGUCCGUCAACACGACUAUUAAAGAGCUUGAAGAAAAUCUCAAGCAAGUCUUGAUCAGCUCAGAUGUUUCAUCAAGUAAAAAGUUGGCACAAGCAAAGGUGGUGGGCAUUGCAUGUGAUGUCUCUGUACCUACUGAUGUGAAGAAAUUGGCAAACUACGCAAUCAAGGAACUUGGUUCUAUUGACAUCUGGGUAAAUAAUGCUGGGAUGAACAAAGGUUUCAGACCCUUACUGCAAUUUACUGAUGAUGAUAUUCAACAGAUUGUCUCCACAAAUCUGGUUGGGUCCAUUCUUUGUACUCGUGAAGCCAUGCGGAUAAUGCAAAGCCAAAAACUGGGAGGACACAUAUUCAACAUGGAUGGUGCAGGUUCUGGAGGAUCUAGUACCCCCCUCACAGCUGUGUAUGGGUCGACAAAAUGUGGUCUUAGGCAGCUACAAUCAUCACUUCUGAAGGAAUGCAGACGAUCAAAUGUUGGAGUGCAUACAGCCUCUCCUGGCAUGGUGCUGACAGAUUUGUUGUUGAGUGGCUCAAGUAUAAAAAACAAACAGAUGUUUAACAUCAUCUGUGAGCUGCCUGAGACAGUUGCAAGAACGUUAGUUCCACGUAUGCGUGUUGUAAAGGGUAGUGGGAAGGCCAUUAAUUAUUUGACUCCACCAAGGAUCUUACUUGCUUUGGUGACUGCAUGGCUUCGAUGGGGUCGUUGGUUUGAUGACCAGGGAAGAGCAUUAUACGCUGCCGAGGCAGACCGGCUCCGCAACUGGGCAGAAAAUCGGACUCGUUUUUCUUUCACAGAUGCCAUGGAGAUGUACACUGAAAACACUUGGGUUUCAGUCUUCUCUCUUUCAGUUGUCUGCGCUUUCAUCAUCCUAUCGAGUACAACCAGCUAGAGAUCAAUUGGGGAGAGAAGUAUGUGGCAUGCACUAAAAAGCCAACAGAAAGACCCAUGAGUAGUGAAAGCUACCAUAGAUCACUUCAUACUCUUUUAACCAUUUUAGUGAAAGCUACGAUAGAUCACAAAAGACCCAUAAGUAGUUCCACCUGUACAGUGCUUCCUGGACAGGGUAAUCGUGUUCUACUGGGUAAACGGUGGAAUACACAACAUUCUUUAUGCCAAUGCCAAUGAUGAAGAAAGCAUUCUUUGUUGAGAUUGUUUUUCAUGUCCCCUGUAAAGAAUUAAUAUUGCAUGGGGAUUCCUGGACCUGCUGUAUGUAUUGUAGUUUCUGGCAGGAAUACAAAGUGAAUUAUGUGAUGAAUGUGUGAUA